AUGGAAAAAAUCGAAAGCAGGACGCCCGAGAAAUCGAAGUGCAAACAUCCAGGACCGCCUCCGCAUCAACCAACUUUUACGUCAGCGCCAUAUUGUUCCCGACAAUGUUCGUGUGAGAGACGAAAGAAGUGUAACGAAAUACAUGAGGAAAUCAUGAAUCGGUUGAUGAAACGCGAACAGUUUACAAAGAAAGAGCUAAAAGAUUCCGGAAUUUUUUCGCCGGAUGAUGAAUCGGACAAAGAAAACCGUCCCCAAAGGAACUUUGCAAAGUGUACUGCGGAUGCUUGA